AUGCCCCUCGUUGGCGGACAUGAAGGUGCGGGCGUCGUGGUCGCGCGGGGUGAGCUCGUCAAGGACAUCGAGAUUGGCGACCACGUCGGUAUCAAGUGGCUUCAUGGUUCAUGCAUGAGCUGCGAACAGUGCCGGCAGUCCAACGAGUCACUUUGCUCGACAGCUUCCCUGUCUGGCUACACUGUUGACGGCUCAUUCCAACAAUACGCCGUCGGCAAGGCGGCCCAUGUUGCCCGCAUCCCCAAGGAUUGUGAUCUCGCUGGAGUUGCGCCUAUCCUGUGUGCCGGUCUGACCGUGUACAAGGCCCUCAAGUCUUCCGGUGUCCGGCCCGGUCAACAUGUUGCCAUUGCCGGUGCUGGUGGUGGUCUUGGUGUCUUUGCUAUCCAGUAUGCCAAGGCCAUGGGUCUGCACGUCACGGCUCUUGAUGGCGGCGAUGAGAAGCGCAAGGUCUGCCUUGAGCUUGGUGCCGACACCUUUGUCGACUUCAGGACUUCCAAGGACACUGUCGCCGACAUCCGCGCGGCUUCUGGUGGCUCUGGCCCUGAUGCCGUGUUGCUUCUGGCUGCCAGUGAGAAACCCUUCCAGGAGGCGAGCCAGUAUGUCAAGAGCAAGGGAACUAUCGUCUGCGUUGGUCUACCAGCCAACGCCUUUAUCAAGGCUCCCGUCUUUGAUACCGUCAUCAACAUCAAGGGAAGCUAUGUCGGUAACCGACAGGAUACCGCCGAGGCCAUCGAGUUCUUCCGACAGGGCUUUAUCAAGGCACCAUUCAAGGUUGUCGGCUUGUCGGAGCUCCAGGAUGUGUAUGACUUGAUGCAAAAGGGCGGCAUUGCUGGCCGCUAUGUGGUGGAUACCAGUAGGUAG